UUUGAAACAAGUUGCAGCCAGAGAACGAGGGUGAGAUUGGUCAUAGAAAUUCGCAGCCAUAGCGUUAUUUUCUUAUAUUUUUCUUUUUUCACAGAUAUAUAUACUUUGUUUAAAUUUGUCUGUUUGAAAAGUUCCAAAAGGCUGGCCCUUUUACCCUUCACUUUCUUUCUCCAUUUUCAUCACAACACAACAAUUGUGCCUGCGUUCAAAAAAGUCAAAAUUCACCGUACAGUGCUUUUGGUGCUUUUGCUGUCCUUCCAGAUCUUGCACAAGAUUAAAUUCAACUCUUCUUCACUCACUGUUUUCUGGGUUGUUCCUGUUAAACAGGAAGUAAAGCUUGACAUAAUCAGAAGGUUUCUCUUCUUACCCAUAUGCCCUUUUGGUUUUGAAUUUGAUUGGUGAGUCCUGAUGUUCUUGGUUGGUGUGUGAAUUUAUUGAGGAGCUUGUGUUGGAGGAUUGUGGAGAAGGAAGUGUUAAUCUUGAUUUUGAAGUUGAAAAGGUUUGAUUUUGAAGUGGUUUUGUUGAGUGCUCUGAAUGGCUGUAGAGGAGUCUGAGCCUGUGAUUCCGGAGUUAGAAAGGGAGGAGAGCUUAAUUGCUGCUGCAAGGCAUAUUGUGAAGGCAUUGGGGUCAAAUAAGAACUUAACUAGUGAUGCCAAGAAAAUUCUGGCAGAUCUUGGCACUCAAUUGUCUUCCAUGACCAUACCAAGUGAGAAGGAGGAGGGGAAACAAAGGCAAGGGAAGGGUGACGGUGGCGAUCAUGAUGGUGAUGACGGCGACGAUGAUGAUGAGGGUGUUAGUGCUAUCGAAGAACGGCUUGGUGUGAUUCAGGAGAAAAUAAUGAAAUGGGAGGAAGAUCAGUCCAUGAUUUGGGAUAUGGGACCUGAAGAAGCAUCUGAGUAUUUGCAUGCUGCUAAUGAAGCACGCCGGUUGAUUGAGAAGUUGGAAAGUUUACAUUUGAAGAAAGAGGACCUAGAGUAUAAGUUUAUGCAGAGGGCUUAUAGUGUUCUUCAAACAGCUAUGGCAAGGCUUGAAGAAGAAUUCAGGAACUUGCUUAUCCAGAACAGGCAACCUUUUGAACCUGAAUACGUCUCUUUUCGGUCCAGCGAGGAAGAUCCUGUUGAUGAAAACUCUAUAGUCUCUUUAGGUGAUGAAUCAGUUGAGGAAUCACUUCAAAGAGAUAGUGUCAGCAGAGCCUCUGAGGAGCAUAUCAUUGAUUUGGUUCAUCCAGCUGUGAUCCCAGAUGUCAGGUGUAUUGCAAACUUGCUUUUUGCUUCUAAUUAUGUCCAGGAAUGUUCCAAUGCUUAUACCAUUGUUCGGAGAGAUGCAUUAGAUGAGUGCCUCUUCAUUCUUGAAAUGGAAAGGCUUAGCAUUGAGGAUGUCUUGAAAAUGGAGUGGGGUACUUUGAAUUCAAAAAUCAAAAGAUGGAUUUGGGCAGUGAAAAUCUUUGUUAGGGUGUAUCUAGCAAGUGAGAGGUGGCUUAGUGACCAGAUUUUUGGGGAGGGUGAGCCUGUUAGUCUAGCUUGUUUUGUUGAUGCAUCUAAGGCUUCAAUAUUGCAGCUUCUGAAUUUCAGUGAAGCCAUGUCUAUUGGCCCUCACCAACCUGAGAAAUUGUUCCGAAUCCUUGACAUGUAUGAGGUUCUUGCAGACCUCAUGCCAGACAUUGAUGCUUUGUAUUCAGAUGAGGUUGGUUCUUCUGUUAAAAUUGAAUGUCAUGAGGUUCUGAAGAGAUUAGGUGAUUGUGUGAGGGCAACAUUUCUUGAAUUUGAAAAUGCCAUUGCCACAAAUGUAUCAUCGACCCCUUUUGUAGGUGGUGGGAUACAUCCUUUGACCAAAUAUGUUAUGAAUUAUCUUAGGACUCUUACUGACUACAGCGAAAUACUUAAUCUGCUUCUGAAGGACCAAGAAGAAGAGGAUGCCAUUUCGCUGUCACCUGACAUGAGCCCAGGUACAGAAGAAGAUAGUAGAAGCCAGGGAUCUCCUGGUAGAGUUUCCUCAAUGGCCCUCCACUUUCGGUCAAUUGCUUCAAUCUUGGAAAGCAACCUUGACGAAAAGUCCAAGUUAUACAAAGAGGCCUCCUUGCAGCACUUGUUCUUAAUGAACAACCUACAUUAUAUGGCUGAAAAGGUUAAGGGGUCUGAACUCAGGCUCGUAUAUGGAGAUGAAUGGAUUCGAAAGCGCAACUGGAAGUUUCAGCAGCAUGCAAUGAAGUAUGAAAGAGCUAGUUGGAGUUCCAUUCUCAAUUUGCUUAAGGAUGAGGGAAUUCAUCUUCCAGGCACAAAUUCUGUCUCGAAAAGUCUUCUUAAAGAGAGGUUACGCAGCUUCUACCUUGGCUUUGAGGAUGUUUACAGGAUCCAGACAGCUUGGCAUAUUCCAGAUGUUCAGCUUCGUGAAGACUUGCGAAUUUCUAUAUCCCUCAAAGUAAUACAAGCUUAUAGGACAUUUGUUGGGAGGAAUAAUAGUCACAUAACCGACAAACACAUUAAAUACACUGCUGAUGAUUUAGAAAACUACCUUUUGGAUUUCUUUGAAGGAUCCCAAAAGUGGUUACAAAAUCCCCAUAGAAGGUGAUAGCAGAUAGACAAGAAUAAUCCUGUGUUCUCUAGCAGAGACUUGUAUGUGGUCACAAACAGGUUAAGGUCCAUGUCAAAACCUUAUUUUUCCACUUAGUGUGCAUUACAUGUAAUGAUUGGAAAAGUUUCAGGUUUAUGCUACUUUUUGCAAUGUAUUCUUUAUAUUUUCUUAUAUUUGAAUUAAAAUAGGAGUAUUAUGAUAUUCUGUUGCCUUUCUCUUUAGGUUUUUGAGUCCAAGACACGCAAUAAAUCUAAAACGAUGGAGAUUAUUAA